AUGACUUACCAGCAUUGAGAAUCUCUACACUUUGGCAUCAUCCCUUGUGCAAAGUACAUGUAUCUACCCUGUGCCAUUCACCCACAAACCUGCACCCCAUGGGUUCAGGUGCAGGCAAGCCUGUUGUGAGUCCAACGGCCUACGCGUUCUGUUAUACCGGUGCUGCCGAUCCCUCGGCCGGUGCCAGCCCACGGGGAGCGGGCGAGGGUGUUGGUGUGGGAGUGCAAGCGGGAUCAUCAUCAACAGCCUAUUCAGGUGGGGAUAAUACUCCUCGCAGGCCGUCCAGCCGACAGAGUAGCUACGGUGAACCUGUAGACGAAAACUGCAAUAUGGUGUGUGAAGCCUGUUCAGCGUCCUUCCAUGUCUUUAAGAGGAAGUACCGUUGCACAGACUGUGAUAAAUACUACUGCUCCAAUUGCUUCGUCAAGGAGCCCCGGAAAUGCUGCAGUGCAUGCAGUGCCAUACAACGGAGCCCCACACGGGCAGAACUCAUGGCCCUGAAGAUCAAGGAUCUCAGGCUUUACCUGAACACUCACAGUGUGUCCACCCAAUCCUGCACAGAGAAGGAUGAUCUAGUGGAUUUAGUGGUUCAGUACGUCCACAUGCAUCCUCAACCCACAGCACGGGGUAACGCGGGAAGGGCCACGAGAUCCUCAGCGUCAACGUCGUCUAACAAUAGGACCAGCACCACACCAGGGAACAGGGCCAGUUACCCACAGGCACAGCCCCAGCCCCAGCAGCCGCCACAAGGACAGAGGGUGACCCAGGGGAUCGAAGAGGUGUUCAAUGACAUUUUCUCAAGGUUAUCCAACCAGGGAACAGGGAGCAGUGUGGAUCCACCCAACUUCAACUUCUUCACCACUACGUCGAGUGGUUCACCCGGGGAAGGGUUCACCAGCAACACAUUUAACAGUACUAGUACAUCUGGAAGUGACCAGAGACCUCAGUCAAGAACAGCUUGGACGAGUGGAACCCCAGCACCAUCAUCAUCAAACACGACAACUACAGCUACAGCAUCUUCUCAAGAAACCGUGCCAUCUCACCAGAACAGUGAAGCAACACCCACCCAGAAUAAUGAGCAAACGCCUGUCCAGCCCUUAAGAAAACGAGCAUCUCUGAGUGAUUUGGAAACCGUAGAAGGCAUUGAAUCACUCAACGUCAAGCAACUCAAAGAAAUACUGACGGCCCACUUUGUCAACUACAAGGGAUGCGUAGAGAGAUAUGAACUGGAGGACAGAGUGAGGAGGUUAUACGAAGAGAAGCAGCAGCGUAAAAUGAAAGAAGAGCAAAAACAAGAUGCGGGGACAGCCAAAGAGGGUGUAGUGGCAGCCGUGGAUGAUGAUGAUGAGAGCACCUUAUGUAAGAUCUGUAUGGAUGCUGAGAUUGACUGUAUCCUACUUGAAUGUGGUCACAUGGUCACGUGUACAAACUGUGGCAAGCGUAUGAACGAGUGCCCCAUCUGCAGGCAGUACGUUGUGAGGGCGGUGCACAUUUUCAAGGCAUGAUAGGCGCGAGAAACCGAGAUUUAUUAGGGGGUUUUGAUGAUGGUAUUGAUUCUUUCCUAUGUUCAGAGAGAACAUUAGAAGGUGACAUUGCAUCGUGAAUACUCCAUGUUGUAUCAUGGUAGUGCACAGGGGCGGGUUAUUCAUCAAAGAAGUGAUUUUUAAAAUAUUCAAACAAAACAGAUAUUUUGAGUGUACAUUUUAUUAUUUGGUUGAGGGAAGUCUGCUGUAGUGAUUGUUCUCUGACAGUGCCAUUUUACUGUUUCAUUAAGAAUGCUAGCCAUUUUUCAGCAAAUAAAAAGAAAUCAUCUUUUUGGUGUUUUGGCCUAUUCUCUCUACUUCACAUGACUUGACAUAUACACUAUUUUUCCUGUUCUUUUGGAAUUUUAUUUUGAAAAAUGGUGAUUGUUGUAUAGAUUUUACAUUCUUGCAGGAAAUUCUGGUGUGUAAGUAUUUAAAAUGCUAUCACUUUGGGAGUUGUGUUAAGUCAUGGAGCAUAAUUCUUGAACUGUGGUCUUUUUCUAUUAUGACUCUAUACAAAUGAACAUAAGACCAUCAUUUCCAGUGACCAUUGCAAGUGACGGUGUUUCAUUUGUUUUGUUUUGUGUAUUUGUUUAUAUGUUUUUACUCUGUUACUGUUAGAUGCAAUUUGUUAAUGACAUAUUUCAGUUUGGUCCAAUUUUGUCAAACAACAUUGAAUCUCCAAUCAUGGUAGGAAAUUGUUUAAACAUUGUACAUAACUGAUCAGAAGGAAAUCAAUGCAGCUUCCAAUGUCAUUGAAAAAUACAACUACAUGUGUAUAUCAAAUAUAUUGAAUUAUAUUCUAGAGAAAUAUAUUUUGGUAUGUUUUAUGGAUAUAUCAUUCUUAUGUUAUUACAAUUAUGGGUUAAUGGUAAAUCUGUUUCUUUCAUUAAAAUGAAAGUAGUGCAGGACUUUGGAACACAGAGCUUUGCAAUGGAAUGGCAGAACAAUAUUCAAUUCAGCAUUUCUCAAUGUAAUAUGACCAUGAGGAUUUACAGGUGUUACAAGGCCCUGGAAGUAUAACUUGAGUAACAUAUCAAACGGCCUCUACAAUGCAUAUCUAAUCAUGAAUUAAUUAUUUGUGUAUUCAUCCUAAAACUUACUUGAUGACCUUUGAUAUGGUGUUUCUGGAUUUCUGUAUAAGUUUCGAGUGUGUGUUAAAGAUAAAGUUGAGUUCUGGUCAGGCGAUUGUGAAAGAAACGUUGUGGAAUCAAUCAGAAAAGGUUGAUCAUCCAGCAUAUAAGUAUUGGUGUGCACUGCAAGGUUCUGGAAUCAGCAACAUGAACAUUUUGGCCCUGUCUUGGUAAAGAUCUCAUGUCUUUAUAUUUUCUUUAUUUUUCAGCCUUCAUAUAAACAACAUUUUAAUAUAAAACAAUAAUUUAAGUAGUCAAUUAGUCACAAGAUCUUUUUUUUAACGAGGUUGCACUGUGAUAUUUCAUGUCAAGCACAUCGUAAAACAUUGGACCAAUGACUUGUAUUCACUUUUAGGCAAAAUGAUUGUACAUGUAUUCUGUGUUGAUUGCCUAUUUUAAACAUGAAGGCAAAGCAUUCUAUCUCUUGAUAAUAUCAGCAUUCAUCUAUGUCUAUACAAGUAUAUAGGGUGCCUAAGAAUCGUAAAAGUUCUAUUAUGUGUAUCUUACUUGCACAAGCUGUAUAUGGGUUGAGAUUUAGAUUUGUUAAAAUUUAAAAAUUAUCCAUUAGCAGCUACAUGAAGUACACAUGCAUACACAUGUACAUCUCGGCCGUGUUUCAUAAUACUUUUUGUCAAUAACAACAUUCAGAGGUCCUUGAUUAUUUGUUCCUCAUGGUUAAACAAAUGCAUUGUUUUGGGGAACUUAUACCAAUCACUGUAAUUUAUUUUUGACAAUACGUUUCAUGAAACAAGGCAUUUGUGGAUGUACAUGUACAACUGAUAGAAGAUUAGAUUUAAGUCAAUGAACAUGCUCUUUAAGUGAAUUAUGUUAUACAAUCAAUGAAGGAUUCUCAUUUAUGAAUCUGUAUACCGCUAAUAUUCUGCUUCAAUCAGCAUUUCUCCCCUUUUUAUGGGGUGGGAUUAUGAAAAGAGAUGGUGUAAUAUAUGCCUGUAUUGCCACCCUUUUUUCUUUUCUUUCUUACUUUUUAAAUUUCUGAGUGCA